AUGACCUAUACGGACAUCGUUUGCCUCUACCUCAAGAAACUCCGACAGGCAGUCAUGCAAGACCCAAACACGCCUACGCCUACACUCAAUUACGACAUUCUUCUGGACGUAUUUCGCUUCCUCGAUCCGUGGACCGACACGUCUUGGCCUGGGCGGCCCGAUGUGGUCAAACUCAGAGCAUUGGCGCGCACGGCUCGUUCUUGCAGAGCAUUGUCUGAUAUUGCACUGGAUAUCUUGUGGCGCAAGUUGGACGACAUUGGGAGUCUCCUCGUGUUGCUAUCCGCGUUCAAGUUCUUCGACUGCAUAGAAGCUGAAGAAAGGGUCACCAUCGAUACUGAUACUGAGAUUGCGUACGAGCCGCUUUGGCUGUUGCGGGAGGAGAUCCUACCAGGAGAGUGGACGCGUUUCGAACAAUAUGCGCGUCGCGUCCGCAUUCUGACCAGGCUCGGACCUUCCAAACUGGAGCCUGCAGCGCUCGUACAACUCUUCCGACUUACUAACGGUAAACCGCUGCUUCCGAAUAUCGAAGAGAUCGAAUACGAGGAGUGGCAUGCCUUCGAUCCAUCGAUCCUCUUUCUCGUGACCCCAUCACUUCGUAUCCUGCGCGUGAACGUCUCGCGCAACACCGUCGCUCGCGACCCACAACACAAAAGGACAAAUGUAGCCCUCGAUUUGGUCUUGCGCCGCUCCAGUGGUGCUUUGGAGGAUCGCGAUGUCUCACUCACAGACGUACCCCUUCUAUUUGGUUUGGCCGCAGACCUACUUCCGCGUAAUCAGUGCAGCAACCUGACGCACGCCGCGUUCGUCGGCUGGGAGCCCCUGAUGGACUUCAAUCUACUUCGCGGUUUAGCGUCUUUGCCAAAUCUCACUGACCUAUCCAUCUCCCUUCAUCGUGAAGACCAGCUAUCGGAUUACUUCCGUGCUCACCAGUCGUUCCAGUCGUUGCGCAACCUACGCUUGAAUGGCGCAGCAACGCAGUUAGCUCCGUUCCUCGAGGCAGAGGCGGUCUCUGCUCCGCAUCUUCAUUCACUCGAGGUCGAAAUCGAAUGGUACAUAGAUCGUGCCCCGGAGCUGUGCCACCGCUCCGCGGCUGCAAUUUGUGCCAAUUACAGCGCGUCUUUGCGUGAGAUCAAGAUGGGCACACCCAGGGGGUCGCAUUCAAAUGGUAAUACCCUACCGGAAAGUCCUUUUCUCGCCGCAUUCGAACCUCUACUGGGCAUGCACGAUCUCGAGAGAAUACAUCUAAGGGCACAUCGUAAAUGGUCACUCGUCUUGUCAGACGAAGAGCUCCACAGGAUGGCCGACGCGUGGCCGAUGCUGACAGAUCUUCGGCUGGAGGUGCCUUCGGCCAACUCGUCCUUAUCCCCCGCCAGCGUCCUCUACCUCGCCAGCCAGUGCCCGAAUCUGCGCACACUCGCUCUUCCUACCGUCGACAUCGAGUGUCUCGAAGACCCCGAGACAUAUCCUUUCCUAUCGCACGGCUUGCGUCAGCUCGAGGUCGGCGACGACUUCUAUGGGCUUAAGUCGCAACGUAUGGCAGAAUUUGUGCCGCUGUUGGCUGGAUUUGUCGAUCGCCUAUUUCCUUGCCUUGACCUUGAUCGUUGUGUCUUCCGAGCAUCAGCUCGAGUAGGACUGUUCAAGGAUUGCCAUGCGGUGAUCGAUGCGCUCAAGAAAUUGCGGUUUACGAGGCGUGUUGCGUAG